AUGAAGAAGAAAGAUCGAGAAGAAAUCGAAAGCUGGAUAAAGGGAGACGAAACUGGCGGUGAGAUGCUGAAACGCGUUUGGAGGGUCCGACCUUUCAUUCUUCCUCCGCCGCUUCACAGAGUCCCUCUCCGCGUCGGUAACGUCCUCGAACUCGUCGGUCCCUCUCCUUCCGCCAAAACUCAAAUUCUCAUUCAAACCGCAAUCACUUGCAUUCUCCCUAAACACUGGAAUGGAAUACACUAUGGUGGACUUGACCAUUUGGUACUCUUUAUUGACCUUGAUUCUCGAUUUGAUAUCACUCGUUUCUCUCACUUGCUUCUUCAUCGCAUCAUGGAACCUUACGGGGAAGAUAGUGGAGAUUAUGAUAAAUCGUUAUUUGAUUUGUGUAUGACUCGUUUUUUGUAUGUUCGUUGUUCCGAUAGUUUUCAAUUUCUUCAGACUCUCAAGACAUUGAAUUGGCGUUUGGAUAAGGAGAAAGAAGCGCACGGGGUUAGUGUUCACUUGCUCUUGAUUGACAGCAUUGGAGCUUUUCAUUGGAUGGAUCGUGCAUCUAUGUUAUUGCCUCUAAAAGAAAACAGCAGGAAAAAGCUUUUUCUUCAAAGUGUGUCAGAAGCCGUAGUUCAGGAUAUUAAAAAGCUUCUUCAUGUGCAUCCAAUGCUUGUUAUAGCUACAAAGUCAGUGAUUUUUUGGAAUAAACAAUCCAGUGCUUCAGUUGAUGUCAAAGGAAGUUUCAUGAAAAAUAGUUGGGAAGAAAGAAGUUCGAGAAAUGCAACAAGAAACGGUCAACAUGUUGAGUAUCGUGAGUACAUGCCUUCUGUCUGGCAGUCCUUUGUUACACACAGAAUACUCAUACGUUCUUCAGAUGAUCAUUCUGUUACAAGUUACUGUCAGAACUCCUCAUUCUAUUUGUUGGAAUGGUUAUUGCCAAGAUUGAGUUUUUCAGACAAGAUAGUAGUGAAAGAUGCUGGAGUUUUUGUAGAUUCAUGA